AUGGAGCCAUAUCAUGCCCCGCUGUAUCAUGAGCCAGCCGAUUACACGUUCCUCGCUGUUGUGGCGUUGAUUGCCCUCCUGCUCCUCCUUUUGUUCACAACGACUGUGGGCUCCGUACUCGCAUACAAGUUGUUCAAGAGGCGCGAUGCCGAUGUCCAAGACCUCUUCAAGACAGCCCUUGCAGACUCAGGUCACCCUCUCCACCAAAGCCUGCAUGCGUUCUUCCAAGAAAGCGCUGAGUCACACGUCCAGAAAGUAGCGGGCCCUGUCAUCAGCGCACAAGUUGACAAGAACGUUGGAGCACGCCUUGACAAAGCGAAUGAGGCCAUCGAGACGGUUUACCAGACUGAGGCAGCCGUCAAACUCUUGGAGGCAGAAUACCUCAACAUGCGCAAAGACCUUAGCGGAGACCUUCAUCCGGAGGUUCGUGAGAAGAUCGGGACAGAAAUCGAGGCAGCGCUCCACGAGGCCUUUGAAAAUACUGCCCCACAGUAUCUUCCCCAGCUGCAAAGCACCAAGGCCAGUCGCGACCGUAAGGCGCGCUCCGCUAUUCACCACCUCACCAAAAGGCUUGCCAACUUUGAGCGCUCUACUCGUCGUGCUGCCCAGAGAGCUCACUCGAAAGCUAGUGUGACAGCUCCAGAUAUCAAGAUCAUUCGUGAUCAGCUCGAGAUGCUGCAUCAAGAACAUCAGAAACAGGAGAGGAAGGUAGACAGAGUUGUAGACGCGGCCACGCGAGUUGAAGCCGAUUUCAAGGCCCAGAUUCAGGAUCUGAGAUCGUCCGCCCAAGAGCAGAAGACAGACAUUACCGCUGUCCGAGAGGCGAUCAAGAAGUCUGACAAAUCGAGCAUCUUGUCGAAGACGCUCACUGAUCUGCGAGCUCAAGUGGCUGGCCAUGCUGUCUCGAUCAAGCUACUCGAGUCUCUUCCAAAAGCGAUUGCUGAGACGAAGAGCAGUUUGGCCAAGGACUCUUUUCUUCUUCACCAGGUCAACAAGAAGAUAGUUGGAAUGAGCGUGCAGCUUGAAACACUCUCCAAUGUCAUGACGAUGGUCGAAGGCCAUGCCGCUUCCCUCGAGCAGCUCAACCCUCUUCUGGCCACGGUCGCCGAACAGGCCGACGUACUUGGUGGGCAGAAGAAGGACAUCGUCCUUCUUCAAGAAGCUUCCAAGAAAGUCGAGGGACUGCCAACCCUGGUAACGGGUCUCACGACCUGCAUGUCGACCACGGAGCAGAACCUGACCAAGGUUUCGUCUGAGCUUCACGAGAAGGUGGCAGGUCUUGAGCAGACUGUGAACAACCCUGCCUCGAAUACAUGGGCCUGGCAGCCACAGACCGCUCCGGCGGCACUAGCUGACCCUCUCGAUGUAGCGCCGUGGCAGCUACAAGGCGCCUCACCAGCACCAUUCUACGAUCUCCAAGGGGUCGAGAACCUCCAGCCUUACAUGUCGGAGAACCAGACAAGUUCUGGAUUCCUCCCCAGUUUGCAGACAGCACUGGCGGGCAAUGCGGACGCAUCAUUAUGGCACUCACAACCCGCUCUACCACCAUUCCUUUACCCCCAAGAGCCUGAGAACCUCCAGCAGCUCACUCUGGAGGACAUGGCUGGUAUCGAGUAUAUCGAUAACAUGCAGAUGGUGCCAGAGAAUACCUCGCAUGCGUUAACAUGGCACCCACUGCCUGCUCAGCCAACAUCGAUCCCUGAUCUGAUGGUGACUGAUUUCGACCAAGAGGACAUAUUCGACCAGUUUACCAAUGGCAACGCAUUUCCCGAUGAGGUGCAGCAGGAUUCCUCAAUGCCACCCCCUGCUUCAAGUGCUGGCCCGCCUGAUGCCACUUCAACUAGCACUUCACAAGCACCACCAUGGGAUCCACAGCCUACCCAACCAACACUGGCCCUCGAUCCAACGCUGGACGACUUCGAUCAGCAAUUCAUGUUCGAUCAGCUGGUUACCGCCAACGCCCAACUCGACCAAGAGCAUCAGGCUGCAUUGAUGCCACCACCGGCUCCCCCCUGCGGCUCAUCAAGCACUGCCUUGGUACUUCACACUGGGGCAGACCAGAUGGACACGUCCGGAUUCCAAGAGGAGUGCCUGGACCCGCGGCUCCUCGAGCCCCACAACGCCAUCAGUGAAGCAGUAACUGAGGCCACAAUUCCCGAGGCCAGUGAAGACCUCCAGGGUACCUCGCUGUCACAAGAAGUGCCCGUCGACGUAGCCUCGUCGUCUACACCCCAGCAGGCCGAGCCAUCUCUCCCUGCCCCCGAAGUUCACACCAAAAACGGCUCGGUGACAGCCACACAGCAUAAACGCACAUCCUCCGACGUCUACCCACCAGAGUCCCCAGCCCCCCGCCCCGCUCGCCUGCACAACCGGCCCAUCAAGCCCCUCCGCCGACGCCGUCAAGCCCCUGUGAAGGGCCCCCUCCCGCCCCCGCAGAACACCCCGACGACCUCCGCGUCUACACAAGAGGAGUCAGGCAAGAGUCUUGCUGCUGACGUUGCUACGUCCGCGCCCUCGGUAGAAGACGCUUCGACGGCAGAUGCGGGGGCUGAAGUCUCCAAACCUGCUGUUGAGCAGUCGAGUGCGGAGAUGAGCUUGGAGGAAGAGCUGCUCCGUUUGGCGUGUCCCGAGGCUGAGGAGGGUGGGUAG